AUGUCGUUUAUGGCAAACGUGUACCAGAUGCUCACUGUCGAUGACACCCAUGUCCGAGGACUCAUCGCCUGGGGCCACACUGCCGAUGAUUCUGCGCGGCCUGCGAUUGUCAUUCCGGACCCGGAGCGGUUUGCGGUCGAGGUCCUGCGUGCGGGGCAGCACCUCGCGAGGCCUAUCCUACCCGCUUCGUUUGCUCGUACACUAAGCGCAUAUGGCUUCUCCCGCCGGACGCGGGGGGUUGCGGAGGAUUGGGUGCAUCCAACGCUAAGGAAGACAUCGACACGCGCGGACUGGCUGGCAGUGCGCCCGCAUCCGCGAACGGGAAACCGGAAGAGUGGCAGGAGGCGCGUGGUCGCGGUCCAGGGAUCGCCUAGCGAACCAGAUUUGUCUUCAGACUCGGAAUGGGCGGCGUCUGCUCGUUUUUGCUCGUCUAGAUCAAGCUCGUCAAGCGAGGCCUCUGAGCAGAUGAGCACAUACUCCCCCGGUCGCCAAGUUCAACCAACUUCUCAAUCUUCCUUGACAUCGAGCGAGCCUUUCGACAUACCGCAGCCGAGCCCCAUUGAUGUCCUGCCGUCCCCGCCUGUCAGGACUGACGCUGACGCCGACUCUACACCGCCCUGGCUGUGCUCGAUUCCUGAGUUCGGUUUCCUCCCCAAGCUGUACCAGAUGGCCCGUGAGCGCGACAAUGCGCAAACCCUCGUCUGGACGGCCCGCGGCAUUCUUGUACGCGACCCCGCCGCCCUAUCUGCGCUGCUGGCCGCGACAUUCGGCGCGGUCCGCGGGUUCUUCGCGAAGCUCCGCGCGCACGGCUUCCAAAUGACGCCGGUGAGUUAUGUCAACACAACGGGUGAGCGGCGGUAUGUUAUGCUCUGGAACAAUCCGGGCCUCAAGCGCGAGCCCUCGAUGCCUGUGGAGAACCUGUGGUGGACCGAUGCCGCAUGGGCGGCUGCGCGGGCGACGUCCGGGCCGGCGCGCGUAGAUCCUUAA